AUGGGUACCACCCUGCAUGCAACCAACAGCUCAGAGUCCCCAGUGUCUGAGUUCAUCUUUCUGGGGUUCCCAGGCAUUCAUGAAUGGCAGCAUUGGUUCUCCUUGCCCUUGGCUCUGCUUUACCUUGUAGCUCUCAGUGCUAAUCUCAUCUUGAUUACCAUCUACAGCGCUGGCCUGUAUCAGCCAAUGUAUCAGUUCCUUGGUAUCUUAGCUGCAGUAGAUAUUGGGUUGGCUACCACCAGCAUGCCCAAGAUCCUGGCAAUCCUGUGGUUUAAUUCCAAGACUAUCGGUCUCCCUGAGUAUUUGGCUCAGAACUAUGCUAUCCACUCUUUUAUGUGCAUGGAGUCAGGCAUUUUCCUGUGCAUGGCAGUGGAUAGAUAUGUAGCCAUUUGUUUUCCCCUUCAAUAUCCUUCCCUAGUCACUGAAGCUUUUGUAAUCAAAGUCACACUAUUCAUGCUUCUGAGGAAUGGCCUGUUAACCAUCCCUGUGCUAGCUGCCCAGAGACAAUACUGCUCCAGGAAUAAAAUUGAUCACCGCCUGUGCUCUAACCUGGGGGUCACUAGUCUGGCUUGUGAUGAUAUCACUGUUAACAAGUUCUAACAAUUGUCUUUAGCAUGGCUUGUGGUUGGAAGUGACAUGAUUCUGGUCUCUGCUUCCUAUGCUUUGAUUAUUCACACAGGGCUGAGGCUGAAUUCCAUUGAAGCAAUAGCUAAGGCCAUCAGUACCUGCAGUUCCCACCUCAUCCUCAUUCUGUUUUACUACACAGCUAUUAUUUUAGUAUCUGUCACUCGUUUAGCAGGAAGAAAGGUUCCUCUCAACCCUGUUCUCCUCAAUGUGCUGCAUAUUGUCAUCCCCCCAUCACUUAACCCCAUGGUAUAUGCUCUUAGGACACAAGAGCUGAGGGUAGGCUUCCAGAAGGUGUUAGGCUUGAGUGAGCUUAUGUCUAGGAAGUAA